CCGCUGCGUCGCCGCGCCCCUCGCUGUGUCUUCCUCGUCUCUGCGUCAAUCUCUUUCUCUCUGCUUAUCUCUGCCUCUCUCCUUGUAUCUUUCUCGGGCUCAGUUCUGUCUCCGUCCGUCCGUCUCUCGGCGGCCGUCUUCUGCUGCGGCUUCCGCGACCACAAGUACUGCUGCGACGACCCGCACGGCUUCUUCCCCUGCGAGCAUAGCUGCAUGUGGUGGCUCAGUAUUGGUGCUCUUGUGGGCCUGUCCAUAGCAGCAGUGGUCCUCCUGGCCCUCGUUGUCACCGCCUGUGUGCUUUGUUACCUGUUCAUCAGCUCAAAACCCCACACAAAGUUGGACCCAGGAUUAAGCUUACAGGCUACAGGUAAGAAAGAGGUACCGCCUGACUGCCAAGGUGGGAACAUGGGCAAUUCAGUGGAGGUGCCAGGAGUGAACCCUCUCGGGCAGAGUCACCUCCUGAACCCAUGGCCGGACUGCAAUGAAGAGCAGGCCAUGGACCCCAAACGCCUCCUCCGGCACUGCUUCAUGGCUACAGUGACGGCCGGUGACAUUCCGGGCAGCCCAGAGGAGGACCCUGUCCCCAGUCUAGACCAGCUCCAUAAACACCCAGUGCUGCUGCUGCUGGGCUGGGACCACCCUUUGAGCUCCACCGGCCAGGAAGAAUAAAGAGAAUUGGAGCUGCGGAGGC